UAUAAGCUACCCGAAAGCCCAAAACCCACUGCAUUAAGCUUUCUCGCUUGCAUAGAAAAAGCUCCAUCUUCUUCUAUCAGAUUUACUAACUCCAUCAUUCUCACCCCAAAACAGCAAUUGAUUUUGCUCCAUGAAGGUUUUAAAGAGUUCUGUAAAACUUUCACUUCUUGCUGUUAUUGUAGCCGUAUUAAUAUCCCACAACCUAUAUGCAGCCUCUGCAGCUUCUGGUGGUCGAAUGGGCGGAUCUUCUUUCUCUUCAGGGAGUUCACCUUCUUCGCGCCGGCAUGAUUAUCACCAUCAUCAUUCAUCUAGUGUUUAUGGGCUCUACGACUCCCAUCCUAGAUUUUCCAUGAACGCCAAUCAAGGGAAUGGUUCUAAAUCGGCUGCUGGUGCUUAUGUAAUGCUAACCAUUUUUAUGGGAGCAGCUUCAUACUUGGUAUACCUUAACUUUGUGGAAGGUGGAACAAGUAUUCUACAAAUUCAGGUUGGCUUAUCUGCAAAAGCUCGUUCUUUGCAAAGAGAACUGACUGAAAUUGCCACCACAACAGACACUUCUACAGCAAAUGGCUGGCAACUGAUAUUGGAAGAAACAACAUCAUCACUGCUUCGCCAUCCAGAUUACUAUCUUUAUGGUUAUUCGUUUGUAACUCGCUGUUGGACCAUUGGAGGCGCUGAACAGCACUUUAAACGACUUUCCAAGGAAGAAAGGCAGAAAUUUGACGUAGAGUCACUGGUAAACAUCAACAAUUUUAAAAGGACAAGAGCUGUUGCUCCAAAAGCUGACAAGGUUAACAAGGACUGCAUAGUGGUAACAGUACUGGUGGCCGUGCAAGGUGCACACAACCUGCCAACUAUCAGGACAACUGACGAUGUGAAGGAGGCCUUGCAAUCUUUGGGAGAAAUCUGUUCUAGCAAAACUAAGGGUGUAGAGGUACUCUGGACCCCUCAAGAUGAGACUGAUUCUUUGUCAGUUGAGGAAUUGCUUGAAAAUUACCCGCAGUUAAGGAGAAUAUGAUGACUGCUACAGAUCUCAUCUGUGUAGAUGUAGUUCGAUGCGUACUGGUUUUAAUCCAUAAAUACUGCAAUGCUUGAAGAACGAACACUCAAGUCUCAAUGUCUUCCUUGUAGUGUUCUACUAAAUUAGAAUUUACUACUGAACACUGGCAUAUAUAGGGACUCAAGUGUGGGAAAUUUACUCAUCUAAUUAAGUUCUUCCUAUAAAAAUUUCUUCCAAAAAAUGCUGAUGCUGAUAA